ACUGCCAUAAGUAGCUGGCAACAGAAAUAACCAACCCAAAAAACAGAGCAGAGCAAAGCAAUGAGCGAAGCUUUAAACAGAGACUACCUAAUCUGUGACGAGAUCGGCCGUGGACGUUUCGGCACCGUUUUCAGAUGUACCUCUCGUGCUACUGGUAACUCUUUCGCCGUCAAGUCUAUCGAUAAGAGCCUUACAUCCGGUGACUCCCUCGACGCCCAAUGCCUCCUCUCCGAACCAAAGAUUCUCCACCUUCUCUCGCCUCAUCCUCACGUAAUCCAACUCUACAACCUCUAUGAAGACGAAUCGUACCUUCACAUGGUAAUGGACUUGUGCUCCGGUCAGGAUCUUCACAAUUUAAUCAUCUCCAAUGGCGUUGUUCCCGAGGCGGAGGCCAGACUGCUCUUUAUACAGCUGAUGAAAGCCGUUUCCCACUGCCACAAGUACGGCGUCGUUCACCGCGACAUCAAGCCGGAUAACAUUUUGCUCGACUCUUUAAAUUCGGUGAAGUUAGCAGAUUUUGGUUCCGCUGAGGUGGUUAUGGAAGGGGAGAUGAUUAAUGGUGUUGUAGGGACGCCGUACUACGUGGCGCCGGAGGUUUUGGUGGGGAGAGAGUACGGGGAGAAGGUAGAUAUUUGGAGUGCUGGUGUGGUGUUGUAUAUUUUGUUAGCCGGCUUUCCGCCAUUCUACGGUGAAACGGCAGAGGAGAUUUUUGAUGCGGUUUUGAGAGGGAACUUGAGGUUUCCUGUUAGAGCUUUCCACGGCGUGUCGUCGGCUGUUAAAGAUCUGCUAAGGAGGAUGCUUUGUAGAGAUGUUUCCAAGAGGCUCUCCGCCGAACAAGUUUUAAGGCAUCCAUGGAUAACAAAUGGAGGAGGAUGAAGAGUGCAGAACAAGAAGCUCAAGCUCCUAGCUUAGAAUACAUAUGCUUGUAUAGUAGACGGAAUGGCAUCCGUAUGCACAGAGUGUGUGUCCAAAUAGUUUUUUAAUUUUAGGAAUAUGCUUGUUGAUUUGGUAGAAGAAGAGAAGAAGCAAGAUUUUGUACAAAUGAGGUGUUUUUUUUUUUUUUUUAAAAAUAAUGAUGUAUGUAUAUAAAAUGUGCAAUGCAGAUAUGGAAUUUUGUAAUAUUAUGAUUGCUCAUUGUUUGAAGAA